AGUUAUCAUGGAACAAAAAUUGUUGAAUUCCUGUCGGAUCGGGUCUACGUUAAUCCACAAAGCGAGGAUCUAGCCGGGGAGGAGGAAGAGGCGGAAGAGGAGGAAACAAUCGGAGACGAAGAAGAAGCAGAUGAUGAACAAUCUCGCGUUGAAAAGGCUAUUUCGGAGGAUAAAACUUCGAAACAAUAUGAAAUAAUUGGCACGACUUUGGAUCCUGAGUACCCGAAGCCCGAGGACGUGACUAUGAUUAUAAGGGGUACGAAAAAUCGAGAUGCUUUUCUGGCCGAUCUGAUAAACUGUGGCAUCGUCGUAUACGACAUCACGCACAGUUCUGACCAGAUUGACGAAGCCACAUGGGCACUGCAAGCCAUUGCACAAAAACUCGAAAAGAUGGAACUGAUGGCCCCGAAGGCUUUCAAACGCAGCGACGAGGUGCGAUAUUUCGUUCUGAUAUCCACUAUAAUGACUUGGGCCAACACGAAACCGCUGAAUCCCGAGGAACCGGAACUACCCUUCACCGAGGACGAUUAUCGGAAACGAAAGCCUCAUCCAAAUUUCAAGCAGCACAUACAAUGCGAAAAAGACGUGGUUACGAUGAAGAAGAACACUAAAUUGAAGGAUAAAUUGAAAACUUUGGUGAUUUGUUCUGGAAUUACGUAUGGGGAUGAAGAAGGUCCGCUACACCAUCUGUUCAAAAUGGCUUGGCAAAACGCCGAAUUUCUGCCAGUGUUCAGCGAAGGAGCCAAUAAAAUUCCUUUGCUACAUGUUCGAGAUCUUGCCGCGGUGGUAUUCGACGUGUUGCAAAGAUGGCCCACUUCUAGGUACAUCAUAGCUGCGGAACAAGAACCGAUUUCCCAGAGAGCCAUUGUCAAGAAAAUUAGCAAAGCUCUUUCCAAUGGAAAAGUGAAAAAAAUUCCAAAUGAAGAGGCUUUCCUGUUACCGGAAAUCACACAACAAAUCUAUGACGUAACGACGAUUAAUCUAAUAGUCGAACCGGUGUACAUUGCCGAUAGAAUAACUUGGCACUUCGAUAUACCAUUUCGUGAAAACAUCGACGCCAUUGUAAAAGAAUACAGAACAGCUCGAAAUCUGCGUCCGAUGAAGAUAAUUGUUCUAGGACCUCCUGCAGCUGGAAAAACAAGAGUCGCACGCUAUCUGGCCAAACACUACGAAAUACACUAUCUCCAUGUGAAGCCACUAAUUACAGAAACAAUAGAGCAAUUGACAAAGGAGAUCGAAGAAAUCACGAUUGCUCAAGCGCGAGACGAGGCUGAAGAAGCAGGUGCAGGUGAUGCUGAUGACGACGACGAACCAGAGGAUGACGAAGAAGCCCCGAACGUCGAAGAAUUACAGGAGCUAUUAGACGAAAUAGAGCGUAACAAGCAGAGAAACAAGGAUCGUAUCGACGAUACUCUUUUGAAUAGACUGUUCGCGAGAAAACUGCGCUCGAAGCAGUGUCAAAAUCAAGGUUACAUUAUGGACGGGUAUCCAAAGACACUGGAGCAAGCUAAGGGGUUGUUCGGUGGAGGGAAUUUGAAUGAAACGAUUGAAGAGGAAAUUGAGGAGGAGAUGGAGAUCGACGAGACAACUGGUUACUCGAUUAUGCCAGAGUUGGUUGUGUCAUUGGAGGCGAGCGAUGAGUUUCUGAAAGAACGAAUUAUUCAACGACCCCAGAGAGAGAUUCACGGUACUCAUUACACGGAGGAGCACAUGAUACGUCGUUUAAAAGAAUUCAGGAAGAGAAACACCGAUGAAAACACACCCGUGCAAUUUUUCGACGAAAUUGAAAUUCAUCCACUCAUAAUCGAUAUAGAGGAUGAUGUGUGCCCUGAUAUGUUUCCCACGGUUUAUCGAUGCAUCGAGAAAAUUGGUCCGCCAAGAAAUUACGGCUUAACUGCAGAACAGGCGAGGGAAGCGCGGAAGCGUCUUGAAGAGGAAUUGCGCGGAGCGGAAGCCGCUUCGAAGUCACGAGAAGAGAAAGAAUUCAUGGAACGCAAAAAGGAACGCGAGGAAAAAAUGGCUGAAUGGACAAACCUGAUGGAAAAGCUGAAAGAAGAAGAAGAAGAGAGACUAUGCGUCUUGGGUUUACCUUUACGAAACUAUCUGGUGAAAUACGUGUUUCCAACGUUGACGCAAGGACUCAUCGAAGUUGCGAACCUACGGCCAGACGAUCCGAUCGAUUUUCUCGCUGAAUACCUGUUUAAAGAGAACCCAGAAGGAAAAAUGUUCGAACCCGAUUUUACGAGGACGAUGACUUCGGUUUUGGACGUGAUAGAAGAGUUUCAGGGUGAGGUGUUACCCCCGGAGCAGCUUAGUAGAAGGAUCACCGAGUUGUUAAAACAACGCCGCAAACAAUCCGCCGAAACUUCGAAUUCCACUGUAUCGGACGUUUGUACGAGCAAAAAAACCACGGUCUGUGUGACACCAUCAUACACUUACGGUGAUACGGAUACAUACGACGGAGAGGCCGAAACAAUGUCUGAUAAAACCGAGGAUUACGACAAAGAAGACUGAUGAUGGCUUACUUGAAACGGCGUGCAUAGAACUUCCAGAGGAUUUGGGAGAUUCACCUUUCGGUUGACAAUUAAUUAAUCAGCACGUACCAUAACAAUGAUAACAUUUGGCUGACUAAUGGCCCCCAAAUUCCCGUAAUCUCAUGAUCCGCGCCUACUAAUGUGCUUGCGCUUCGAUUUGAUCGCCCAGAGACGAGAUUUCCAAUAAUGUAGAUACACGUGUUCCGUGAUAAUCGUUGCUUAUGAUUAUUCUGCUCAUAUUACACACGUCGUCGGUUUCUUUGAACGGAAGUGAAAUUAAUUCUAACCCGUUCACCCGCUAGGAGGCUGGAAACGCUAGGUGAAUUAAGAGAAAUACGAUCUCUUGAACUUAUCUAGCUUGAUAUAUAAAGUAUAAUUCCUUUGUUGUCAGAAAAAUGCAUCGGCUAAUUGCAAAAUUCCUCUCUGCGAAUGAAUCGCAUAAUUCUGUGUUUAAAUUACGAGUAAAUUAAUGACUACCCACACGUUGAGUAUAAAAUAUGAAGAUACAAGAGAAAUUUCAUUUCAGGGAACGUUCUUUAAUCCUAUUAGAUUAUUUCAAUGAUAAAGUGUCCAUUAAUUACAGUAUGUUCUUUAAGGGUGAAUGGUGGUCGAGGAUGAAAAGGUGAUUUACACUGAACGCUCGUUUCUUUUUUUUACAAAAUAAAAUUUCAAAUAUUUCGUAAUGUAAUAUGUAACUUCAGGAAUAUGUAACUCUGUUACAUCGAAGCUUUUCAUAUUCAACAGAUUUGAAAUAUUUGGCACGAAAAAUAUACAAUUUUUACCCGUGUAUUUUUUCCCGCAAUUCUACAAUUUCAAGGAAGUAAAAUCGCAGAAAGAAAAGCGAUUCUUUCAUUGCUUUCCUUUAUCUUCAAUCAAACAAAAGACUCGAGUGGUUUCAAUCGUGUGGUUCUUUCUUUAAGCUUGAAAAAAUAUAGAAUGUUUCAAAAAAGACGAAUCGAAUUUUGUCUUAUCUAUUCCACUGAUCUUCGAAGUAAAAAGUAAAGGAACGCAAGUAUAAACACAAGUUUAAAAUGAAUUUUUUUCCCUCGGACGGAAAGAUCUUUUAUUUACAUGGAAAUAUUUGAUAAAAAAGA